CAGCAGAGCAGUCAGCAAAGCAGCCUCCAGAGCAGCCAUGAAGAUGACAACACUCGCUUCUUGACUCCGUUAAUCCGAGAGGAGAGGUCUGACAGUGCAGCGGACAAAAUCAGCACUGCCAGUAACUCAAACAAGAGCACACCUGCCUGCUCACCAGUCCUGCGUAAACGCUCGCGCUCUCCCACACCACAGAGCCAGGAGGGUGAGAAUAUGGUCGAGAAGGGUUCAGACCACUCCUCUGACAAGUCCCCCUCCACGCCCGAGCAGGUUGUCCAGAGAACAUACUCCCUGCAGUCAGCCAGAAGCGGGGGAAAGAACUCAAAGUCUCACAAGCGACUUUCCAAAUAUGACAGACUAAACCUGAUUAAAAAGAGCCAAAGCUGGUACAACGUGCUGAGCCCGACAUACAAACAGCGCAAUGAGGACUUUAGGAAACUCUUCAAGCAGCUCCCUGACACAGAGAGACUCAUUGUGGACUACUCCUGUGCUCUUCAACGGGACAUCCUCCUGCAGGGACGACUCUACCUCUCUGAGAACUGGAUCUGUUUCUAUAGCAACAUCUUCCGCUGGGAAACACUGCUGACAGUGCGGCUAAAGGACAUCUGCUCAAUGACAAAAGAAAAGACUGCCCGCCUCAUUCCCAAUGCCAUCCAGGUCUGCACAGACAAUGAGAAGCACUUUUUCACCUCAUUUGGAGCCAGGGACAGGACUUACAUGAUGAUGUUCAGGCUGUGGCAGAAUGCGCUGCUGGACAAGCCCCUGUGCCCCAAAGAACUGUGGCACUUUGUCCAUCAGUGCUAUGGCAACGAGCUCGGCCUAACCAGCGACGAUGAGGACUACGUUCCCCCUGAUGACGACUUCAACACCAUGGGGUUCAGUGAAGAGAUUCCCAACGAGGAGAAUGAGAUCAACAACGACAGCUUGUCCAAGAGCAGCGCUGAGGCCAAGCCUGAGGGGAGCCCUCCUCUGCUACACAAGAAGGUCGUCCCAAACAGCACCAUCCCCGGCCCGGGCAACCAUGACACACCCAUCACAUUUGACCUCCCAGCAGAAGAGUAUGCAGACUUCCUGCCAGACGGCGAGCUGCUUGCUGUGCCACUGGUGGUGGAAGAGAAGAACAACGAUACCAGCGGGCCUGGUGGUCCCGUCCCCUCGCCCUCUCUGGACUUCAACGACAAUGAAGACAUCCCCACCGAGCUCAGCGACUCCUCGGAAACACACGACGAGGGUGAAGUACAGGCCUUCCACGAGGAUCUGAACGGCAGGCAGCACAUCAACGAGGUCUACAAGUUCAGUGUGGACAAGCUGUACGACAUCCUCUUCACGGAGUCGCAGUUCAUGAGUGACUUCAUGGAGCAGAGACGGAUCUCAGAUGUGGUGUACCACCCGUGGAAGAAGGAGGAGGCAGGGGACCAGACCAGAGAGAUCAUGUACACCAUCUCCCUGUCCAACCCCCUGGCCCCUAAAACAUCCACAGCCAGUGAGACGCAGACUCUGUACAAAGUCAGUCAGGAGAGCGAGUGCUACGUCAUCGACGCUGAGGUCAUCACACAUGACGUGCCCUACCACGACUACUUCUACACUCUCAACCACUACAUGCUCACCAGGGUGGCCAAGAACAAGUGUCGGUUACGGGUAUCGACGGAGCUGCGCUACAGGAAGCAGCCGUGGGGGCUGGUGAAAGGCUUCAUAGAGAGAAACUUCUGGAGCGGAAUAGAAGAGAACUUCCGCCAUCUUGAGAUGGCGCUGACCAAGCUGGAGGAGAUUCUGACCGAGUCCCACCAGCUGUCUCCGAAGGCCAAGGUGGUGAAAAACUCCACGGUGAGGCGGAAGAAGAGGCCCCUCCCCCACAUGCGCAGCCAGCACCUGGACGAGGCCCUCAGCCCCGUUACCACGCCAACGGACGAAGAAGUGAUUCAGAGGAUCAAACAAGUGGCCGGCUCCACGCAAACCAGACACCAGAGUCCAGAACACCAUCACCUGCCCGGAGGCCUCGCUUUCUACAGCGUCUCCAAACUGCUGCUCAUCAUCAGCUUUGUCCUGGUCCUGCUGGUGUUCCUCAACAUGAUGCUUUUCUACAAACUGUGGAUGCUGGAGUACUCUGCACAGUCCUUAACAACCUGGCAAGGGCUGCGGCUCCAUGAAAGUAAACUGCCUCAGACGCAGAUGGAGUGGGCCCAGCUCCUGGAGGCGCAGCAGCGUUACCAUGAAGCCGAGCUGCAGAAGUGGAGGGAGAUUAUCAAGUCGUCAGUAGUGCUGUUAGACCAGAUGAAAGACUCUUUACUGAACCUCCAGCGAGGCAUUGGCUUAAGGGACUACAGCUCUGAGGCUGAAGAGAAGAGAAGUCGCUACCACUGACACACCACCACAAGGCCAUGAGGGCAUGCUGUGCAAUAUAGGACCUGUUUUGUUUGUGAACCAGUAUGCAGGCAGCAGCAAGACACAGAGAGAGAGGACAGAGGGGGAGGCGGGACCAACAGUGAGCUGGUCCAAAAGACACAAAGAGAGGAACAGUCGUCUCCAGUGCACAGAGGUUAAACCCCCGGGAGGAGGAAAUCGUGGACAGAAAGCGCCCCAACCACACACAGGAACUGACUGUCCCCAACAUCACUGAGGCAUUGGCGGAAGGUGCAAGACUUGGUCCUUCUCUACACCUGUGGGAUAACCGUUUCCUUCUAUUCUCUUAUUUCCAAGCGCAUCCCACUGUAUGCCACGUCGACCAGACAGUGGCAGAGAAAGAAGGACAACUAUUGCAUGCGUUUAGACAACCUAGCUCCCCUCAGUCAGUGUUAAUGUGGUCCAGUUCCAGUCUAUGUGUGUCAAAAAAAAAGAAGAACAGGAGCGAUCCAGUCUAAGAAAGGGGGGUCCUUUCGAGUCUUUAAUGGCUUUCUACGCUCUCUAGACUGUUCCAAACCAAUUGUUCCCUAGAGGUCCUCGCUGCAGCGUCCCUUUGGUAAGCCCCCGUGUGAUCAGAGUACAGUAUCCAACCAAAAGUAUGUGUAGCUGGGAGCUCAGCGUCACAGAACGGUCCCCAUUGCCUUGCUUGAACCUGGUCUGUGUGGUCUCUGUCAGGGCUGGUUCCCUGUCACACCACCAUGUGUUAAAAUACUUCUGAAGCAAAACCUUAAGACUGAUGGGACCUACGCCAGUACUUUUAACCCUGUACACGAUUCGCCUCAUCAGUUGCUCCCGCCGCAGUGUUAGCUCCCCUUCCAUUGCAUUAUUCCUCAUCCUUCUGGUGAAGUAGAAUGUAUUAGCCAGCCGACAAGGCCAGCCGCUGGUCACGACAAAGGGAUGCUGCAACCAGGCUAAUAGGGAGACCUGUGUUCUUACAUGUUUUAUUACUAAACUGUGACUAUAUCUCUAAAAAAAAGUUUCAAAUUAGAAAGAAUUCUAUGAAUAUAUUUGAAAUAUAUAAGAAUAUUUCACUAUUUAAUAUAUAUAUAUUUCAAAAUAUAUAAACAUUACCUAUAUUUAUUGUUAAUUUAUGUACAUAAAGAAAUUAUCAGAGCUCUAGACCGGUUAAAGAAUUUCUAACAAAAAGUGUUUUCUUCUAAAAAAAAAAUGCAUGCCAGAUAUGUCUGUGACAUGUCCAGUGUGCAAGUAUGAUUCUGCAUUCACGCGAUUAUAUUCGCGCGCGCGUCUGUGUGUGUGGGUGUGUGAGUGAGUGCGUGCGUGUGUGUGUGCGCACAAGUGUGUGCUGUAAAGUGUGACAUUUUUACCAUUCCACACUUGUGUAUGUUUCUUAUUUUUUCUUUUCUGGCUCCCGCAGCCAGACUGCCUUUUUUUAAUGCUAAUGCGUUUGGAUGCCGCCUUGCAUUAGCCCCACCAGGGCACAGUUUACAAUUGAAGAGUUUUGUUCCAAAAUGACAUAUCCAGCAUUUGAAGACAAAGUUACGCCUACUUUUACAAAAAUGAUUGAUUGCUUAAACUAUCAAUUAAUGUCACAUGCUGAGUAGCUUAAAUCUGUGCUUGACAAAAGGAAGAAGGCAGAUCAUCUAAAUUUUUAAAAUUAAAGGAUGAACUUGAUGAUUUGGAAAUGGAUAUAUAACAUUUUGGAGAUGAACCCUUCAUCUGCCCUCUCUUUGUCCGCCGUCACCACAUUAGUGGUUUGACGAGUCUUUGCUGAAAGGAACACUAUGACAGAAAUAUGCUUAUUUUAGUGAGAUGAGGAGAUUGAUGCCAACCUCAUGUCUGUACGGUAAAUUUGAAUCUACAGCCUGCAGCCGGUUAGCUUAGCGUCCCCCUGUUUCCAGUCUUUUGUGCUAAGCUAACUGCGUGUGCAGGUAUGAGGGUGGUAUCAAUCUUCCCAUCCAACUCUCAGAAAUAAGCACAUUUCCCAAAUGUCCAACUAUUCCUUUAAGAAACACCUGCUUCGACCCAUAUUCUGCUCUCCCUUCCCCCAUUUCAAGUGUCUGUCUUGGAUGCAAUGAAAGCAUGAGUAUUAACUCUACACAACUAAAUUGAACCAAAAGAAAGAAAUAGAAAUGUACCGUCACGAAGUAUCAUGUUGUUUUAAAUGAAGUAUUUAUCAUGUAUGUCAUGUAUUUUAUAUAUAUACUGGAUUUGAUGCGGCAAAGAGCAUCUCCGGAGAGUUUGUCGACAGAGACCCCUGACACCUGACAGACUUCAGCGAUGAAAGCACUUCCAAAAAUGAGAAAAAACUUCCUUGUGUUAAAUAAAAGAGAAAGUGAAGCACUUUAAGGCCUUUUCAGGUAAAGAAUGGCGGAAAGAAAUGGCAGUGGUUUAGUUUGGAGGUGAAUGCAGGGCUGAGGAACUUGUUUUUGUGCUGUAUUUUAGUUCAUUUGACAAUCACACUGGUCAUUUACAACUUCCAUACUCAUGGAAAUAGCUGAAUUUCUUCUUUUGUUACUGAUCAAAAAUAGUGUUACUUCCAAAUAGAAUAUUUGUGCAUUAUUCUAUUUCACAUGUGAAUCUCUUUCAAUUUCUCAUCCCAAAGCCCAAUCUAAGACUGACACUUUGUCUAUUUGAGGGUGAGGCGAGAAUGAGUGACUCUAUGAGGGAAAAGGUGUCUUCACUGUGUGCCUGCAUGGCGUGUUAUCGACCGACUCAUUGAAAACGGCAGCAAAGCUCCAGGACUGGACUUCUGCUGCGUGUUUGCGUGUAUUAACAUUUGAAGAGGGCACAGAGUGACGAUAACACAGAGAAACCUUAAGAUCCGAAUGUGAGUGGUUGGAAAUGUUUUCUGUUUUAUAGAAAUCACUUUCACAAUCCUGCCGACACUGGACGAUUAUAGUGAAGGUGUGCUUCGUGUAUAUGAUGGUACAGAAAAGUCAUAUAUACGAAAAUGUGACUGAAAUGCUUUAAAGAGCUUGUUUUUCAGAGUGUAUGAUGAAAUGGAUUUCUCUUUUUCUGAUGCUUGAGUUCUUUUUUUGUUUGUUUGAAAACGACAAACCUUCUCAUAUUGUUUUGAACGAAACAUGACAAAUGCUUGAUGACGUUGGUUUUGCUCCCCGAAACCCCGUUUUAAUUGACAUCUGAUUUUAAAUCUUGGGACACUGAAAUUUAGUGCUGCGACUAACAGUUAUUUUCAUUAUCGAUUAAUCUGCAGAUUAUUUUCACGGUUAACGCUGCUUGUUAUAAAAAUGUCAAAAAAAGAAAAUGUGGA